AUGGAUCAUGCAAAACGUCCCAGCUCUGGCUCUGAAGAAGAUGAUCGAUACAUGAUGAUCACAGAGGACAAGAAGCGAAAGAGAAUGAUCUCAAACCGCGAGUCUGCAAGGCGUUCACGGAUGAAAAGGCAGCAGCACAUGCAGGAUCUUAAUAACCAGAUCAUGUUCUACAAGAACAGAAGAACUGAGAUUAAUCAGAGCAUUAGUAAUUUCACAGAACAGUUCACAGCAAUUGAGAAUCAGAACAGGAUAAUGCGAGCACAGAAAGAAGAGCUGAGGAAAAGAUUAGAAGCAGCGGAACUUGUUACCAGCUAUUUAGAUGCAGCGAAGGGGUAUCCUGUGAAUACUGCUGAGGAACCCUGGUAUUAUAACCUGUGGCAGCCUUCACAGUCCAUGCCUAUCAUGACUUCUGCCGAGUUUUUCCAGUUCUGA